AUGGUCUUAGUAGCCGGCAUAGACGCAUCGACACAGCAGCUCAAGUUUAUUGCUAUUGAUGACAGGCUUAAUGUGGUUAAGGAAGUGUCGGUAAACUUUGACAAGGAGCUGCCUCAUUUCAAUACUGUCGGUGGUGUUAUGGCUAAUGGUUUGGUUGUGACUGCUCCAACAUUACUCUGGGUUGAAGCUCUGGACAGCUUGUUGAGCAAAUUACAGGCUGAAGGGUUUCCCUUUGAUCAAGUCAUGGCUAUAUCUGGAUCAGGACAACAACAUGGUUCCGUCUACUGGAAGAUCCGCGCACAUCAGACUCUCAAGAAUCUGGAUUCAUCGAAAACACUUCAUGAGCAGCUUCUGGAUUCGUUUGCAGUGUCCCAGUCUCCAAUAUGGCAGGACGCAAGCACUGGCAAAGAAUGCAAAAUGCUAGAAGAUGCUAUGGGUGGUCCACAAGCUCUAGCCGAUCUAACAGGGUCGCGGGCAUAUGAGCGAUUCACUGGCUCUCAGAUUGCCAAAAUCGCUCAUACACAGCCCGACGCCUAUCAAAACACCGAGCGGACAUCGCUUGUGAGCUCAUUUAUGUGCUCAUUAUUAUGUGGCAAGUACGCCCCGAUAGAUACAUCAGACGCAAGUGGCAUGAAUCUGAUGAAUAUCACAACUAAGACAUGGUGUGAUGAGCUGCUGAAAGUAUGUGGAGAUGCACUGAAAGAAAAGUUGGGAUUAUUAGCGGAAGGCGAUGCAAGUCUUGGGUCGAUAUCGUCGUAUUACGUAAACCGAUAUGGAUUCCCGUCAACAUGUAUAGUAACGCCCUUCACGGGCGAUAAUCCAGCUUCUCUAUCGUCGUUCCCUUCUAAAGCUGGAGAUGUAAUAAUAUCUUUAGGAACUAGCGAUACCCUCUUCUUGACCCUCAACGAUCCGAAACCAGCAUUGGAUGGUCACAUACUGGCGCACCCGACAGAAAAGGACUGUUACAUGGGUAUGCUUGUGUAUAAAAAUGGAUCUCUAGCCCGAGAACGAGUACGAGAUUCCGUUGGAACUAGGACGUGGGAAGAAUUCGACAAUCUGGUGAAAUCGCUUCCGCCAGGAUGCAAUGGACGAACUGGAUUCUAUUACUAUAUGGCCGAAAUCACUCCUCGAGCCAUGGGAGUGUUCAAGUAUGAAAAUGAAAGUCAAGUGGACGAGUUCUCAGAAAUCGAAUGGAAUGCUCGCGCAAUACUAGAAUCACAAGCAUUGUCUAUGGCCUCACAUGCGCAAGCUCUGAAUCUGAAACCAGAAAGGAUUAUAGCAACAGGAGGUGGCUCGCAGAAUAAUGUGUUCUUGGGUAUAUUAGCUGAUGUGUUUGGGUGUGAGGUGUAUAAAGCAGAUGCAGAUGCCAAUUCAGCUAGUCUCGGGGCUUGUUAUCGAGCUCUUCGUGUAUUGAAAGGAGGAGAUAUGGUUGUAAAUACGAAGCUUGUGCUGUCGGCAACGCCUGAUCCCGUCAGGGUUGACUUGUAUAAAGAAAUGUUGGGCAAAUGGAGGAUAUUAGAGGAGCAAGUCAUUCGUGACGGUGCAUUCUGA